GAUACACUGGGAGACUAUGGCGUUGAUACUAGCGCAUACUGUACCCGUGAUACCUUGGUUCCGAACUAUUUCAUUGCUUCUGCUGACCGGAUGCCGUACCUUUCAUCUGCCAUCGGCACAAGGCAGAUCCGACAAUCGACAUUCUUGCGGUAUGGCACGGAGGCAUCGCACAACUUCGUCCCCCCAUAUCCCAACCCUAUCAAGUGGCAUAACUACUGCGAGGUCGAGAUAGGGAGCCGGCACCGGCGUGACACACGCGUCCCAUUCUCUGGCCCCGCCCACCUACUCCUCCCAGAGCUCAUCUUGACGCUCCUCGUCGCAAUCAACAUUCCUUGUGCUGCGAAGCUCGCUGGCUCCGUCGCACUUCUUGGCUAUAUCAUCCACACCUUCGCCACGACCACAAGUGGAGAGAGCGUCGAUGAAGACACUCUCAGAAGCGCGACCCUGGGCAACACGUUCUUCAGCGUCAUCUAUCUCAUCUGGUUUAACGAUCCCAUGCGGGAUUUCCGGUACUUCGGCGACGAGGAUAAGUCUCCCUUGGCAUCCAGGCCUAUCUGGUCGCGCUUGUAUACUACCUUCUGCUUUCUGCGCAACAAUCGGAUGAUAGGUUGGAACGUACAGGUAGCCAACGUCCCUCCUGUUAAGGGCACUCGGGCACAGUUUCUCUUGCGCAGAACUCGUCAGCUCCUGAUGGCUUAUGCGCUAGCUGAUGUCUCCGAGUCCUUGGUCCGACUCAACCGUCCCCUGUACGUAUCGACGUUUCCUGGAGGCAGCCAGUUCCAACCAGGCGUUAUUGGCCACCUCCAGAAGUCGUAUUGUAUGGCCAUCUGGCUCCUCAUGACAUACUCUGUCCUAAAAUUGUACUACGAGUUCUCGUCCAUUGUGGCGGUCGCCUCGUACGCGAGCAGAGCAGAGGACUGGCCGGACGCCUUCGGGAGUUGGAAGGACGCGUACACCGUCCGCCGUCUAUGGGGACGGACCUGGCAUCAGUUCUUCCGCCGCUACUUCCAGAAAUUCGGCUCCGUUGCCGUCGACACUCUCCGCAUCCCCCGCGGGACGUUCCUCUCCUCACAAGUCCAGGUGUACGUCGCCUUCGCCGUCUCGGGCCUCUUGCACUCCUUCGGCGACCUCGCGAACGCCCAGACGACACGCGCGGGCUCGUUCCUGUACUUCCUGUAUAACGGUCUCGCCAUCACCUUUGAGGAUGUCGUCAUCAAGCUUGCCAAAUCGUUCGGCUUCACGGGCCCUACGACGGCGACGAGGUGGCUAGGCUACGCGUGGGUGGUCUUGUGGGUCAGUUUGUCGACCCCGGUUUAUGUGGACUGGAUGUAUGAGAGCGGAAUGUCGAGCAAGACCGUGCUACCUUACUCCCCGGUGAGGGAGGUGGUCCUUCCGUGGAUGUGA